AUGGCUUUGCGUCGACCCCACCAGAAAUCCCGACAUGGCUGCAAAACCUGUAAGCGUCGACGAGUCAAGUGUGAUGAAGCACGGCCAACCUGUUCUAACUGCCAACACCGAAAAGAAACCUGCGACUAUGACACCGAAUCAUCCCUAAUUUGGGCCGGCGACAGGAAGCUGCGUCGACGAAAUCAAAGGCGGACAGAAACUCCAGAGCCCAGUCCGCCCGUCCAGUCCAGCUCAACCAGUGCUACGUUUGACCUACUGAAUCGAUUCGGCGCUGGUAACGACCCUACGGUUUCCUCGACGACGUUAAACAUGAACCAGCUUGAACUUAUCAUACAAUGGACCAACAAUACCCACCGAUUUUUCACGCGCAAUGGGGAAACAAGCCACGUAUGGAAGGAUUUGAUAGUCGAAGAAGCUUUUCAUGCUCCAUUCCUGAUGCACGGGGUCCUGGCGGUGUCUGCGCUGCAGCUUUCGCUCUCGAGACCAGAGCAACAGAAGGCCUUUUGGCUGGGAAUCGCCACCGCACACAAAGGCCAUGCGCUUCCACCAUUCCUGGCAAACUUCUCCGACAUCAAUUCGUCUAAUGCCAAGGCGAUGUUCGGGUUCGCGGGGUUGGUCGUUGCCUUUGCAUUUGGCUCGGCACUGACCGGAGGUUCCGACGCUGAUAAACCCAGUCUGGGCGCUUUGAACGAUGCUUUCAUCCUAUGUCGGGGCGUGCAGGAAAUAACGAAGGCUGCCUCGCAGUUUCUGCGAGAGAGUACCUUUGCACCUCUGCUCAAUCCUUCCCACCCCACUAUCACAAUUCCCCAUUCAACUACAGAGGCGCUGGACCACCUUGAGAACAUGAAUUCAACGGCUUGGCUCGGGGAACAACAUGACAUUGAGACAUAUGCACGCGUCAUCAAAGCGCUAAGAGACCUCGCGCCAUACACGUACAUUCAACCCACCUCCAUGACACUAGCAGUAGGCUGGGCAAUCAGAUCCCCGGCUCCAUAUCUCGACUAUUUGCAGAUCCAGGAGCCUUUUGCGCUAGUUGUCCAUGCUCACUACUGCGCUUUCCUCCAUUUUGCACGCGAGAACUGCUUUAUCCAGUCUUGGGGUAGUGCCGUACUCCGCGAUAUUUGGCAUAUAUUAGACUCAACUUGGAAAGAACAUAUUGACUGGCCUAUCAAUCAAGUAUUUGGCCAAGAGGGUGUACUAUGA